AUGGACCCAUCUACCAAGCCGGACUGCGCGGCUGGGCGCCGGCGUCAUGGAGGAGUACGCUCGGGAGCCCUGGGAAUUCAGCACCGAUUGAGAGGUAGUGCCAAUGCUGUGAAGAUCCAAGCCCCUCAGAUUGGAGGUAGCUUCGCAGUGUGUGGGGGCCUGUUCUCCACCAUCGACUGUGGCCUGGUGCGUAUGCGGGGCAAGGAGGAUCCCUGGAAUUCCAUCACCAGUGGAGCGUUGACUGGGGCUGUGCUGGCUGCCCGCAGUGGCCCAUUGGCCAUGAUGGGCUCGGCAAUGAUGGGAGGCAUCCUGUUGGCCCUCAUCGAGGGUGUUGGCAUCCUCCUCACUCGCUACACUGCCCAGCAGUUCCGCAACACACCCCUGUUCCUAGAGGAUCCCAACCAGCUGCCCUCUAAGGAAGGGACCCUGGCCUCGGGCUAUCCCAGCUACCACUGAGGAAGUGACCGCCUAUCACCACCAUCGUGGGAGUUCCUCUUUGGUUCCCUCCCCGAUGAUCUACCUCGAAGGGAGGGCUGGCUCCCAGUUGGCCCUGGGACCCUCCAAAGAGGGCCUCUACUCUCUGCUCCCUUGUCCCAGGGUGGGGUGGGGCACCCCAGCUGCCUUUCUCUCAGGGCACCCCAGCCCCACCCCAUACUCAAAUGUAACAAGCUCUUAUCCCAGACCCUUCCUGUUCACCCUGAUGAGUAUUUAA